AUGCGAUUGUUUAUGUUUCAGAUGAGUUUAAGUGCAUUCAAUAAUAAGGUUAUUGAAUUAGAGAAAUCGGUCAAACGAAGUAAAGUUCGCAUCAUUCGAAAGUUAACUCGACAAAUUGAACAUGAAAGAAAGAAAAAUCCGGAUGACGAACGUACAACACGAAAAGUAAAAAGAAUUAUCGAUGAAAUUCAUCAAAUUCGAAAACUAUCGAAUAAAGAUGUCGUGUUAUUCGCAAUGGAGCACGAAGGAACUAUCGCUGAUGUUCUACAGAUAUGCAAACCAAGUAGUGACGAUCUCAAACAGUACGCGUUGAUUCGUUUAGCAACGGAGAAGUCUCUUCAGUCGGAUGUGAGUUCUUUGAAAAAUCAUGAAGAUUAUGCAAAGUCGUGGCAACAACUGUUGAUCAUGUAUCAAUCGCGACACGAGAAACGCGUAGCAUGGAAAGAGAAAUCGAAAGAUUUCGAGAAGAUUGAACAAGCUCUUGUUGAUCAACAGAAAGAAUUACAAGAAAUUGAACAAAAACUGCCCAAACCACUGAAAGUUAAAAAACCUAAAAUAGAAAAAACCAAAGAAAAACCUCGUGUCACUCAUUCGAAACAAGCAGUUGUUUGCGUACUCGAUCUAGAAAAGAAAACAGCUGAACCACUCGGUGAUCAACCGGAUGACGACGACGAAGAAGAAGAAGAAGAGCAACAACCCGAAAUGAUGGAAACAGAAAUAAAGCCUGUUUCCUCAUCAGCAACUGUGAUUAAUGAUCCGUUCUUUGUCAAUAGUCAACAUCAAAUAACCUAUCAGAAACGAACUAGUCGAGAUAAGAAUGAUUCUGAACUUGAUGAUAAACGUUUUAUCGAACAUUCGUACUUUAUCGACGCAUUAUCAUCAUCGUCGAAUCGUCGUGAUGGAAAAGGAGAUCUAGCGAGAAAGAAAUGGGCACAUCUCUCACCUCUCGCUCGUUCACUUCCAUCGGCAACAUCAAAGAAGAAACCGAACGGAUCAAUCAAGAAUUCGAAAUCAAAAGUUGAAGAUACAAACACUCCGCCUCUCCAUCCAUCAUGGGAAGCGAGUAAAGAAGCAAAAUCACAAUACCGAAUACAAAAAUCCGAAGCGAAAAAGAUCGUUUUCAACAAUAGUGAUGAUGAAACAUAG